UAAAUAUGUAAAAGUUUAUUGUUUAAACCAAAACAAGCGUUUAUUUUAAAUACCAAGAAAUUCAAACAUUAUAUGCAACUACCAAAACGACUUGUGCAACAUUUGUGUGCUGCAAAUAUUUAAAAGCGCAGCAAAAUAUGCUAAAAAUCAAAGCAUUCAAUUGACAUUUACUUGCUGCAAUUAAAAUUAAAAUUUCAAAUAUAACAGCAAAAGCAGCGGCUAAAAAAAAGCAUGCAUUAGACGAGUCGAGCUAGGAGAAGGAGCAUUGUAUACCCUGUUUUCCUGUCACCAACAAAACAGAAAAAAAGGCAAACAUGAAUAUUGGCAUUGCACACAAAUGGGAUAAAUUAUCGCCCCGCGAGUUUUUGCAGCUGCAGGAAUUGGCCUCAUAUUCAACUCGUAAGCUGCAGGAUGUGCUUCAGGAGUUUUGUGCGCCCAGCUCAUCGGCCACGCCCAAAGGCAUACCAGAUGGGGACAUUGAUUUCGAUGGCUUUCGCCGGUUUUUGGAUGCAUUUCUGGACUGCGAGACGCCACUGGAUCUGGCCAAACAUUUGUUCGUGUCGUUCCUUAAGCCAAAUGUCACCCAGGCACAGCUGCACGGAAAGGCGCUCAAUCAAAUGGCGGCCAUUAGCAGCACAGCCGCCUGUGCGCCAGUCACGUCCCAUACGAAGGGCUCCAUACCAAACAUCAACAGCAUUGCCGAACUGAUGCCACAAUGCAGCAUGGUGGGAGAUGUUCAGGCCCAGGCACGGAGCAGCUUUGUGGACAAAAUCCAUGGGAUUACGGAUAAGUUACAGCACACACUGGCGCUGGGUGGACAUUUGACGCAUGAUCCCAGCAAGACCGGCUGCGUGCACCCGAUGUUAACGGUUACGCCCAGUCCAAUGGCCAGUGGGCCGAGCAUGUUUCAGGCCAACAAUGCCGCCCGACGCUCCGUCGACUCAAGUCCGUCGCACUCGCAGACAAACCACUCGCAAAUGUCGCGCAAUUCCUCGAAGAAGAGCAACAAUUCCGUUAAUUGCAAAAUUGAUACUGACAUUAAGCUGCUGACACGUAAACUCUCACACUUUGAUCCUUUGGCACUUAAGGUCCCGCUGAAGGAUGUCGUUUGCUAUUUAUCACUGCUCGAGGCCGGACGGCCAGAAGAUAAGCUCGAAUUCAUGUUUCGUCUGUAUGAUACGGAUAGUAAUGGCGUACUGGAUACGGCUGAAAUGGAUGCCAUUGUUAACCAGAUGAUGGCCGUGGCCGAAUAUCUUGGCUGGGAUGUCAGCGAAUUGCGUCCGAUACUGCAAGAGAUGAUGGUUGAAAUUGACUAUGACGCCGAUGGCACCGUGUCCUUGGACGAGUGGCAACGCGGCGGCAUGACAACCAUUCCCCUUCUCGUCCUGUUAGGUGUCGACAGCACGACACUGAAGGAGGAUGGCAUUCACGUGUGGCGUCUGAAACACUUCAGCAAACCGGCAUACUGCAAUCUCUGCCUAAAUAUGUUGGUCGGCCUGGGCAAGAAGGGUCUCUGCUGUGUCCUUUGCAAGUACACGGUGCAUGAAAGAUGCGUGCAACAUGCACCUGCCUCCUGCAUUACCACCUACGUUAAAUCGAAGAAGCCCAAAUGCGGCGCGGAUUUAUUGCAUCAUUGGGUCGAAGGCAACUGUUAUGGACGCUGCUCCAAGUGCCGCAAACGCAUCAAGGCUUAUCAUGGCAUCACUGGACUCACCUGUCGCUGGUGCCACAUGAUGCUGCAUAAUCGCUGCGCCUCGUCCGUGAAGAAGGAGUGCACACUGGGCGAAUUUGCCGAACUAAUUGUGCCACCCACUGCAAUAUGUCCGGCUGUCUUGGAUCGUCAGCGUUCGGUUAAUCAGGCGCAUAAAGCGACGCAUUUUCAAAUAACGCCGCCGGAUGAACUGAGCUGUCCAUUGCUGGUGUUUGUCAAUCCGAAGAGCGGCGGACGUCAGGGAGAUCGGAUCUUGCGCAAGUUUCAGUAUAUGCUGAAUCCGCGGCAGGUGUACGAUUUGUCCAAAGGCGGACCCAAGGAAGGACUCACGCUCUUUAAGGACUUGCCCAAUUUCAAAGUAAUCUGCUGCGGCGGCGACGGCACAGUCGGCUGGGUGCUCGAGGCUAUGGACUCCAUUGAGCUGGUCAGCCAGCCUGCCAUUGGGGUGAUACCACUGGGAACUGGCAACGAUUUGGCACGUUGCCUGCGCUGGGGCGGCGGCUAUGAAGGAGAAAAUAUACCCAAAUUAAUGGAGAAGAUAAAGCGGGCAUCCACCGUUAUGCUGGAUCGAUGGAGCAUCGAGGUAACCAACAAUCCGCCAAUUGAAGAGCUGCGACCAAAGGUAACUUUGCACUCGAACAUGCAAAAAGUGAUUGAGUUGUCACAAAGUGUUGUGGUCGACAAAUCGGUGAUUGAACGGUUCGAGGAAAUCCAGCGGCAAAACUUCAUGAGCAGUGUUACAGCCGACAAUAUGGCAACAGCAACAACACCAACAGCAACAGCACCAACAACACCAACAACAGCAACAGCUGCAACUGCAACUGCAACUGCCACAUCGAUUAUGAUGGCAAGUUCAACGGAAUACACGCAGGAUAUGACAAGGACAGUUGGCCAGGAUGUUGGCCAUGUGGUGGUGGGAGGUGAGGAGUUGGUGACAGUUGACUCUGCCACACGCACCACAACCACCAAGAGCAUUUCAAUGUCCACAUUUGAAACGAGACGCAUGCAGAAAACGUUGACAGCAACGCUCAGCAGCAGCAGCAGCAACAGCAACAACAGCAACACGGCAAGCAGCUCAAGUGGCAGUGCCACAGGCAGCAUCAACACCAACCUGCCGCAACAAUGCCAACAGCAGCAGCAACAGCAACAACAAUUGCUAGAGGGAUUACCCGCAAAAGCUGUGUUAUUUCCACUUACAAGAACAGAUGUAACUGAAAAGCAAUCACUCGAAACGCUGCUCGUGCAACACAAGCAACAACAACAGCAGCAACAGAAGUUGGCAGCGGAAGCGGAAGCAGCAGUUGCUGCUACAACAAAGGAGGUGGCAGCAACUGAGAAUAAUCAAAGCGAUAAUAAUAGUCAGUGCAAUAAGCCGUACAACAUCGUUAAACAGCAAAUUAUAUUGUCUUUGGAUUUGUCCAACAAGUGCGAAACUUAUAGCAACAGCAACAACAGCAACAACAACAAUAACAACGAGCAACUGCAACAGAAUAGACAACGUCAAGUUGCCAGCAACCCACAAACACCCAUCACACCCCUAACACCGCCAACACCCACAGCUGCCGCAGCAGCAACAACACCCACAACACCAACAGCAACACCAGCAGCAACGGCAAUGCCAACAACACCCACAACAGCAACCAGCAGCAGCAACAUUCCACAGAAGCCCAUCAAAGUGCAAUCGGACAAGGACUGCACCGUACCCUAUAACAUUAUCAACAAUUAUUUCUCCGUUGGCGUGGAUGCUGCAAUUUGUGUCAAGUUUCAUUUGGAACGCGAGAAGAAUCCGCAUAAAUUCAACAGCCGCAUGAAGAAUAAGUUAUGGUACUUUGAAUAUGCAACAUCCGAGACAUUUGCCGCAUCCUGUAAGAAUCUGCACGAAAAUAUUGAGAUUGUGUGCGAUGGUGUUGCCUUGGACUUGGCGAAUGGACCGCACUUACAGGGUGUGGCAUUGCUUAAUAUACCCUAUACGCAUGGUGGAUCCAAUCUGUGGGGCGAACACUUGUCCCAGAAGCGUAUACGCAAAAGUGCCGGACCAUUUGGCAAGACCAAGAAGCUCAAGUCCAGCGACAAGGAGUUCUCAGCUACCAGCUUCAAUUCUGUGGAUCUGUCAGUGGCCAUACAGGAUUUUGGCGAUCGUUUGAUUGAGGUGAUUGGUCUGGAGAAUUGCCUGCACAUGGGACAAGUGCGCACUGGACUCCGUGCAUCCGGACGACGUUUGGCCCAAUGCAGCGAGGUGAUCAUUAAAACCAAGAAGACAUUUCCCAUGCAGAUCGAUGGCGAACCCUGGAUGCAAAUGCCCUGCACAAUAAAGGUAACGCACAAGAAUCAAGUUCCUAUGCUGAUGGCGCCGCGCUCCGAAAAAGGACGCGGCUUUUUCAACAUGCUCUGCAGCUGAUUCCGGCGCAGCGCAUCGACCGACUUCAUCGGCCGGAGACAGGCCGCUGAGUCCGCCGAUGAGCUGGAAGAUGAAUUUCGUAUUGUAACCAGAAGCACCACCGUCCAUAAUUUACCUUAGCAAGCCUAAGUACCAGUAAACAUAGCUUUAAUCGAUUUAAUGUUUCAAACAGUUUGGCAUCCGGAUCGCUUAGUUAAAAAAAAACCCUGUUUUUACAAAAUAUAUGCGUUUGUGACAUGCAGAGCUUUACGGCUAAGUUGAA